AUGGACUACAGAAGCUCAAAUAGAACGAGCCACUCAAGCUCCAACCAAAAGUCAAGGCACCGAGAUGCCAGCGGGAGACUCAACGAGGGCUCACAUCACGUCAAAACCUCCAGUGGGGAUCGGCAAAGAGAGGUCCCCCAAGGUCGCAGCGGCUACAACCGGACCCGCGAACGCGAACACGGCCACGGCGUAUCACCAAAGGGCCGAUCCGGAUACAACUGA